GAGAAAGGAAUGGGCACAGUUCAUAGGACAUAUUCCUCCCACCCUACCCUACCCUAUCCAACCCCACCCAUGUUUCCAGAUUGGAGUGAAAACAUAGGACAGGCUAACAACUCUCAAUUAUAAAGAGAAUCAUAGGCUGCCACAUAUUGAGACAAAGUUGUAAGGAUCAAAGAACUUUCCUAUGUUUCAAGCGAAAAGCAAUUUCUUCUCAUAUAAACAGAGAUGGCUUUUCAGAAUUUUCAAAAUAAAGAAAUGAACUUAGUUUUAUCGAGUGAUGCAAAGCCUCGACUGAAAUGGACUCAAGAACUGCACCAACGAUUCGUUGAUGCAGUCGAGCAGCUCGGAGGAGCAGAUAAGGCUACACCAAAAUCCUUGAAGAGGAUGAUGGGGAUUCAUGGACUCACUUUGUACCACCUCAAGAGUCAUUUACAGAAAUAUAGACUGGGAAAAAGUCAACAAUCACAAACCUACCACAAAAAUAAACAAGAAGACUACAGAGCUGUUGAUCAGAGAAGUGACUUCCCCAACAAGAUCUGUAAUGGAGUGCAAGAUCAGAUUAAUGAUUUUCAGAUAGCUCAAGCUCUACAAAUGCAAAUGGAGGUGCAAAGGAAACUCCAUGAACAAAUCGAGGUGCAAAGGCAUUUGCAGAUAAAAAUUGAAGCUCAAGGAAAGUAUUUGCAGUCAGUAUUGAAAAAAGCACAAGAGACUCUUGCUGGAUAUAGUUCUUGCUCUAUCGAAGUAGAAAAUGCACGGGCAGAACUUUCUCAGUUAGUAUCAAUGGUCGACACGAACUGGUGUCUAAGUUCUUCGUUGUCCAUUUUGACAGAGAGUGACGGCUCAAUCUUAAAAGAUGGAAAGAACAAACUUUUAGGACACAAUGGGUGUUCAGUCGAGAGUUCUUUAACAUCGUCUGAGAGUUCGGGGAGAAAAGAAGAAACUCGACCAUUUAUGGGAUUAAACGAGCCUCGAGAACUUGGAACACCAAAAAGAAGCAGAGAAUAUGAAGUUGAAGGCAAGAAUGAAAAAGUGAGAAAAUUGGGAUUAUUAGGGGACCUGGAUUUGAACAAAAAAUUCAUGAGUGAUUUUGAUUCAACUCCAAAACAGAUAGACUUGAACUGCAAGGCAGUUGAUGAGACCAAUGGGGAUUUUAGUGCCCAGAAACAUCCUUGACAGGUGUUUGGAGCCAAAGGUUGUUAUAAUUAGUACUAUAAUGUCAAUGGAAACUAAAAUAUAUGUGUAUAAUGAUGAACCUCAAUGACUUUUCUGAAAAAUAUUUGUAUAAAGAUGCAGCAUAUUAUGUUCAUAUUAUUGA